CGCGUUCGCGCGACAAAAAAGUUUCCUACAUUAUGACGUCAUGAAUAUCGAGCGCCGAGGCGCGCUUAAAUAUCGCGACGUGUGGUGCUGUCGUCAUUCUGCGAUUGAGUCGAGUACAGAGAAUAUUUUUAUAUAUUUUUAACAAUCUUUAGUUUCUAUUCAUCAUGCGAGAAAUUGUUCAUCUGCAAGCUGGCCAAUGCGGCAACCAAAUCGGAGCUAAGUUCUGGGAAGUCAUCUCUGAUGAACACGGUAUCGACCCAACUGGUACCUACCACGGAGACAGUGACCUCCAACUCGAACGUAUCAACGUGUACUACAAUGAAGCAACCGGUGGCAAAUAUGUCCCACGUGCCGUACUUGUUGAUCUCGAGCCAGGAACCAUGGACUCCGUGAGAUCUGGCCCAUUCGGCCAAAUUUUCAGACCAGACAACUUCGUUUUCGGACAAAGCGGAGCUGGCAACAACUGGGCCAAAGGUCACUACACAGAGGGCGCUGAGCUCGUCGACUCCGUUUUGGACGUUGUCCGAAAGGAAGCCGAAAGCUGCGAUUGCCUUCAAGGUUUCCAGCUCACACACUCGCUAGGUGGCGGUACCGGCUCCGGUAUGGGUACCCUUCUCAUCAGCAAAAUCCGUGAGGAAUACCCCGACAGAAUCAUGAACACUUUCAGUGUUGUCCCAUCACCAAAGGUGUCCGACACCGUUGUCGAACCCUACAACGCAACCCUCUCAGUCCAUCAACUUGUUGAGAACACUGACGAGACCUACUGCAUCGAUAACGAGGCCCUUUACGAUAUUUGCUUCCGAACCCUUAAGCUUACCACCCCAACCUAUGGUGACUUGAACCAUCUCGUCUCCGCAACCAUGAGCGGUGUCACCACCUGCUUGCGAUUCCCCGGUCAAUUGAACGCCGAUCUCCGUAAAUUGGCUGUCAACAUGGUUCCAUUCCCACGUCUUCACUUCUUCAUGCCCGGGUUCGCCCCACUCACCAGCAGAGGCAGCCAACAAUACCGUGCCCUUACUGUACCAGAGCUCACCCAGCAAAUGUUCGACGCCAAGAACAUGAUGGCUGCAUGUGAUCCACGUCACGGCCGAUACCUCACCGUUGCCGCCAUGUUCCGUGGCCGCAUGUCCAUGAAGGAAGUUGAUGAGCAGAUGCUCAACGUACAAAACAAGAACAGCUCCUACUUCGUUGAAUGGAUUCCCAACAACGUGAAGACAGCCGUCUGUGACAUCCCACCAAGAGGUCUUAAGAUGUCUGCCACAUUCAUUGGAAACAGCACCGCUAUCCAGGAACUCUUCAAACGUAUCUCCGAGCAGUUCACCGCUAUGUUCAGACGUAAGGCUUUCCUCCAUUGGUACACUGGUGAAGGUAUGGACGAGAUGGAAUUCACUGAAGCCGAGAGCAACAUGAACGACUUGGUGAGCGAAUACCAGCAAUACCAAGACGCCACCGCCGAGGAAGAAGGCGAAUUCGAUGAGGAGGAAGAAGAGGGCGAGGAAGCUUAAAUCCCAUACGACCUGUGCCACACCAUCGCACCCCCGACUCUAUCAAAGGAUCUUUAAUAACAUUCCUUAUUUCUUACCAUUUCGCUAUACACCGGUUAAGGCUUAAUUUCGUUCUCUAUAUUCUUUCUCACCUUUGACGUUGUUUUUCUACAAUGAAAUUGGAUUGUUCUUCGGUUACUUUCAAACCUACACUACGUUUCGAGCCUUCUCCGACUAAUAUAAUUCCUUUCGCGGGAAAGUAAAUAAACCAAGGAAUAUGCACACAGGAAA